AUGCUGCCAGAUGGUACAAGAGCAGAGACGCUCAAAGACAUACAUGAGUACGCCGUUGAGUUCUUUACAGACAUUUUGGGAAAGAUUCGUGGCCAAUUCUUUCCAGAUCUCCCUGAGUUCUUGUCUUCGAUGCCCUUACCAAUAUGUACACCAAUGCACAUUCUGGCCUUAAGUGAACCGGUAACAGCUGACAUCAUUAAAGCUUCUCUGGAUCGUAUGCCCUCAAGUAAAACUCAUGGGCCUGACGGGUUUACUGCAGAGUUUUUGAAAGCAAGUUGGAGUGUCCUAGGAACAGAAUUGACAAAUAAUGUGAUAAGCUUCUUUAAUUAUCCAUUCAUGCCGGCCGCCUUGAACUCUACCUCCCUUGUGUUGAUUCAGAAAAGGGAUGAGGAACUUCAAAGGAUAAAGGAAAAGUUUGACUUGUCUCCAGGAAUUUUACCCAUUCGUUAUCUGGGCUUACCUCUGUGUACUAGAAAGUUAUCGAUAGGAGAUUGUGAUCCUCUUUUGGCUCAGAUAAGAAAAAACCUAAACAGUUGGUCUCACAGACACCUUAGCCUUGCUGGAAGAUAUACUCUCUUGACAUCGGUUAUCUCCGGUAUAGUAGGCUUCUGGACACCUACUUUUAUGUUGCCUAAGAAGGUCAUUAAGUGGGUUAAUACUCUAUCAAACGCUUUCUUCUGGCACGGAACCUCAGAAUCAGCAAGAGGAGCUAAAGUAAAAUGGACUGAUAUCACCUUUCCAAAGCAAGAAGGUGGUUUAGGUAAUGGGGAUGACACUUUCUUCUGGUGGGAUCCGUGGACACCGUUUGGACCGCUGAUCCACUACCUAGGACAAGAUGGUCCUUCUCUUCUCGGUAUCCCUUUGUUCUCUACAGUGAGAGAACUAACCUCUAAUGAGGGAUGGUCUUUACCUCAUCCAAGGUCUGAGAAACAGAUUUCAUUACAUGCUUUUGUCACAACCAUCCAACUGUCUCAUUUGAGUGAUAAGCCAAUUUGGCUUAUUGGUGAUAAGGUGCAAAAGUCUUUCUCAUCAAGGAAAGCUUGGUCAGAAAUUCGUGAGUGUCGUGAAAUAGUUUCUUUGUAUUCGCAAGGUGUGGCACAAGGCGAGGAUCCCUAA